AUGGCUUCCAAUUUGGCCCUAGGAGGAUACUCUGUGCUACUACUUGAAGCCGGCGACGACAGCACUUACCAGGGAGCUGACGUACCAAUCGUUGGAAGUGGGUAUCCUCUGGGGCUAACUUGGGAUUUCUUCUGCAAACAUUAUCCAGAGGGUGAUCCGCGUAACUUGGAGUUCAAUCACCUUACCUGGAUGACGCCUGAGGGUCGUUAUUGGGUUGGGAAGACAGAUCCUCCCGAGGGCUCUGAGCUUCUUGGUAUUUAUUAUCCUCGGGGUGCCACACUCGGUGGAUCAUCUAUGAUCAAUGGAUUAAACGUCCAUCUUCCUCCUGAUAAGCUUUGGGAUAGCUAUGCAGAGCUUCUGGGUGACGACAGUUGGAAUUCCAAGAACUUCCGCUCGAUAUUUGAGAAAAUCGAGCACAACAACUAUCUAAGCCCGAAAACUCCCGGCCAUGGCUUCAAAGGCUACUUCCAAGCGUCCAUGCCCAACCGCGUGGGCAAGCCCCAGCCAGUGACAAAUCCUUACAUGAAGGCUCUUGCCGAGGAUAUUGGCGAAAAGCAGCCGCUCACGGACCUAGUGAGAAGAGACCCCAAUGUGCUUGACCCCCGUCGUGAUACUCAAGAAGCAAUCUACGGUCUGGCCCUACAUACAUACGCCAACGGUACCCGGUAUAGCUCUCGCUAUUUAGUACAAGAAACCGCGGCGUCACACCAUCCGCUGACCAUCUCACUCAACUCUCUUGCUACUCGCGUUCUGUUCGACAAACCCAAGCAUGGUAAACCACGAGCGGUGGGUGUGGAAUACCUGCAGGGCAAAGCACUCUAUCGCGGUGAUAUUCGCCAUAACGAUGAUGAUUCUGGUGUACUACGCAAUGCCACAGCUCGUCGCGAGGUUAUCGUCUCCGGUGGCGCCUUCAACUCACCGCAGAUUCUUAUGCUUAGUGGCAUUGGGCCAAAGGACCACCUGGAAUCCCUUGGAAUAGACGUUGUAGUCGACAGCCCCGGCGUGGGCCAGAACUUGAUGGACAAUGAGGAAUUGCCAAUUGUCGCACAAGGCGCAGCAUACAUCAACGCUUCACUGGUUCUCGGCUACCCUCUGCUUAAGACAAAUGCUUCUCUUGACGGAGAUAACGACAUCUGGUUGCUGCAAGCCGGCGUUCCUUUCCGUGGGUUCUGGCCAAGCAACCAAACGAAUGAGAAUCUGCCAAAAGAUCCCCCAGGUACAUGGGGUGUCGGCUUGGUGAAAGGCAACCCACAAAACACAGCUGGAUACGUCCGCCUCCGUACCAAGGAUCCGCGCGACCGACCCGAGAUUAACUUCAAUCUCUUCGCUAGUGACGGAGAUAAAGUUGAUCAGAGUGCCAUGAGGGAGACAAUGAACCGCAUCCGUCGCAACUUUGUACGCAGCGGCGCUGAAGUUGUUGAACCCGCAUGCCCAACUGGAUUAAAGGCGGAUGGUAGCUGCUCUGAUCCUGAUGUCGAUGCAACUUGGCUCGAGGGACAGACUUUUGGCCACCAUCCAACCUGUACGUGCCGCAUGGGUCCGGAUGGUGAUGCCAAUGCCGUUCUGGACAACAAGCUUCGUGUGCGAGGAGUUGAUGGGCUUCGAGUCGUCGAUGCAAGCUCGUUCCCCAAGGUCCCGGGGUGGUUUCCAGCUUUGCCGACCUUUAUGAUUGCCCAGAAGGUGUCGGAAGAAAUGGUGAAAGAGCUGAAGUAUUGA